AUGGUGGAAGAACAAUGUUCUGUCCAGCUUUGCUUUCCUGUGGAGCUGAAUAAUGGAACCAUGGUGGAAGAUAUUCACGUUGUUGGUUUCCUGAGUAAACUUCUUGAAACGAAAAUAACGCAAGUUCUUCGGUUCAAGCAUAAACAGAUCUACACUGGGUGUUUCAGUAUUCUUGGCGGUAAUAAGCCCCCAGGAACUGCUAAUGUUCGUGGAGAUAUAAGCAUAAAUUUUUCUUGGGAUCCAGAAAUCUCCUCGAAGCUGAGGAGGGGCCUUAAGCUGAGGAUGGUUGAUACCAUCCUUGAAAGUGAGCAAAGAACCCAUGAAAAUGGGAUCCAGGAGAAUUACUACUGGCUGGAGAGGAUUUUGCACAGCUACCAGUCAAGGAUCUACUCUGGCGAUGUUGGGACUUGUUUUGAGCCUCAAGAGGAAGGUCGGUUAAAAGUUAGACAAUCUCUGACCCCAGGAACAGCACAGUUGGCAUUACGAAACAUACUACCUUAUCCUUGA